CAUGGCUGCGCCCGUGUAACCUAGAGCCACCGCGGAGCAGACAGUGGCGGCGCCGGCCCGCGGAGUCAGAAGUCACCAUGCUGCGGGCCGCGUGGCGCGCGCUGAGCUCCGUUCGUGUCCAGGCGGUGACACAGGCCCCAGUCCCUGCGCUGAGGGCCAGAAGCAGCGCCAGUCUGCCCUCCGCACGCUGCGGCCUACAGACUCCUAGUCUCCUGAAUGCCGCGCGUGCAUACGCCGUCCAGAAACCAGUCCAAGCCAAGCAAGAUGAUGAACCAGCCUCUUCCACGUUCAUCAAAGAAUACAAGAACAUCAUCCCCAACAUGGAGAAGGUUGAUGAUGUUGUGAAAAGAAUCCUGUCUUUGGAAAUGGCCAGCAGGAAAGAGAAGUUAAAAAUCAAGCGAGAACAAUUGAUGAACAAGAUUGCGGAAAACCCUGAGGAUUACAGAACCUUGGAGGCUCGAAUUGUUGCCUUGACUGUCAAGAUCCGCAAUUAUGAAGAACACAUGCAGAAACAUCGAAAGGACAAAGUCCACAAACGCCAUCUGCUGAUGAGCAUCGACCAGAGGAAAAAGUUUCUCAGACUCCUCCGUCAGACCAACUAUGACGUCUUCGAAAAGACCUGCAAGGAGCUGGGGGUGGAGUACGCCUUACCCCCUCUGCAUUUCCAAAGGGUUCACCGCCGCUUCCUGGCCAAGAAGGCUCUGUGCAUUCAGGUUUUCCAAGAGGUACAAAAGCUGAAGAAGCAAAGAAUGGCUUUAAAAGCUGCUGCAGCUGCUGCCAAAAAAGAAAAAAGAGAAAGGGUGCCAGAGAACCCUUCAAAUGCCCUACCAGAGAAGACCAAAGAAAACUAAUAAAGUCUAUUCCCUUGAAGAAUGGCAGAAGAUGGCCUUCUUUUUAGCCUGAGAAAGAAGAGUUUAUUUUUCAUUUGGCCCAGGGAUUUCAGAGGCAGAGUCCCUGCCAUCUUCCCAGAGGACGCAGUCACAGAAACAAUACGGGGUAUGUUUCCGAGAGGUAAUGCUGGCAGCCGUAGGAGCUGUCUACUGGGCAGCCCUAAAGGAUGAGGAGGAGUUCACUGGCAGAGAGAAACAGCAUCUAGGCAUAAGGAACUGCAAGUUAAAAGGGAAAGAAAUCUAAAGGCAUACAUUCAGGGACAGUGGGACUCAAAUACUGUAACUUUGCGUUAGGGCUUCAGUCUAUGAAUGGGACUCGGGCACAGAAACAUUCAGUUUGCCACGCAGUGGUGGUGCACACUUUUAAUCCCAGUACUCAGAGGCAGGCAGAUCUCUUGAAUUCGAGGCCAGCCUGGUCUACAGAGUAAAUUCCAGGACAGCCAAGGGCUACACAGAGAAACCCUAUCUUGGGGGGCGGGGAUCAGUUCAUCAUACUGAAGGAAGAACUCUGGGCCUCAUUCUGAGAAGGGAGACCCCACAAAGAGAAAGCUAUGUUAACAUGCUACCAAAGAGCCUGUGGAAGAUGAGGGCUGAGACCUGAACAGAGCAGUCUGGGAGCUGUUAGGGUAACUGAGGCCUGGUGUGUGAUUGCCAUGGAUACUGAGCUUUUGUGUUUGAAUGACUGGCCCCAGCAAGUUACAGACAGGAAUGUCAUUUCAAGGCUAUCUUUGUUUGCAUGGCUAGUUUGAGGCUGGUCUAGACUAUAUGAUACCCUUUCUCUAAAACUUUAAUUGCCGAGGAAAGGAAUAUAAAAAGAAAAAUGGAUCAUGUCAGGAUGGGAAAAUCAUUUCUGAGGGCCCCCCUGAGAUGGAGGAGGAGGUGAGUGGGCAGGAAGACUCAAAAGUGAAGUUGAACUGUUUGGUUAUUGCCUCCAAGAACACUGAGGAAGGUCCUAAUGAAAUGGGCCUCAACUGGACUUGGAGGUCCUGUGCUACAGGUCCAGGUGCCAGCCUUUCAGGGGACUAGGGAGUAAGGAGAAAAAGCCACAGGAGUGGAUCAGGCCUGCAGGAAAGGCACUGUUUUAAAUGCUGCCUUGGGCACUUUAAUAUUGCUUGACACCUAAAUCCAUUCCUCAAGCUAGCUGUCUCUCUCUUUUUUGGGGGGAGAGGGGAGGGUAAGGGAGUUCCAGACAGUGUUCAUCUGUAUAGUUCUGGCUGUCCUGGAACUCUGUAGACCAGACUGGUCUGGAACUCAAAAAUCCACCCGCCUCUGCCUUCCAAGUGCUGAGAUUAAAGACUUCUGCCACCACU